AUGAAGUUAAUGGAACGAGAAAUUAGAAUCUUGCGCCUCAUAUCUCAUCCAAACAUUAUUUACCUGGAGAAGGUCUACGAGACACCAAAGAACCUGUACCUGGUGCUCGAACUUUGUACGGGCACAUUGGCGAAGGAGUUCUAUGAGCGCCGGCCGUUCAGCGAGGCGGACACCCGCGAGGUGAUCCGCAAGCUGGCCAGUGCGGUCGCCUAUCUACACAGCAAUGGUAUCGUGCACAGGGACCUGAAGCUGGAGAAUAUCCUGCUGACAACAAACCCGGACGACCCGGAGGACAAACUCUACAUCAAGGUGACCGACUUCGGGCAGAGCGUCGUCCGCAGCGGAGUCGCCUACGACCAGAUGCUGCACGAGCGCUGCGGCACCAUGGCCUACAUGGGAGACACAUUGUUCCAGUGCCAGAGGACAAACUGUUAUAAUUUCAGGGAAAAAAUUGUUCAGGUUGUGGGGCAAGUUGUUAAUGUUGUAAGGCAAGGUGAUACAGUUUUGAGACAAGUUAAUGCUGUUUGGGGCAAGCUGAUACAGUUUUUGAAGUCACAGCAGAGACUCCUGUGUCCAGCUCCCGAGGUAAUGGAAUUGCGCAUGUACUCGCACCAGUGCGACGUGUGGUCCAUGGGCGUCAUCACGUACCUGCUGCUCGUCGGUGACUUCCCGUUCACCGGCGACAGUCCGGAGCAGCUCAGGCAGCGAGUACUCAACGACGAACUACGCUUCGGUCGUAAGUUACUGUCAAAUCUCCUCGAUAGCUCAAAGUAUGCCUUUAGUGUUAAACAGCAACAAUCAGAAAUAAUGGCCAGAACGUUCCGCACCUCGCAGGUUGUACCGGGUGAUCAAAAAGCAUGUAAACUGGCAGUAUCAGAUUCUGAAUCAUUAGCCAGAUUAGCCAGUCAGGUAACUACAAUUCAGUACCAGUACGUGGAUGAUGCACGUCAUGGUUGA